CAAGGUUGAUCGAUGCUUUAGAGAUGAUGAAGCAGGGAGUAAGGCGCCUUCUCGUGCGAAAAAGUCUUGCAUGGAAAGGUUUCAGCAAGCGCUUCUCCAUUCUAUAUAAUGGCAAAUGGCUCAAGAACAUUAAUACCUCAUCUCCGGAUGCCACUAGUAGUGGUAGCCGACCAUCCAUAUCUUCUCUCCCUGAUGAUAAGUUCUGCCUCCUCUCUCGAGAAGAUGUGGUUCGCUUUCUAAUUGGCUGCCUGGGUGCUCUUGCCCCUCUCCCAUUAUCUUCCAUCUCCUCCCUUGGCGCCAUUACUCCAUGCUAUGCUUAUAUUGAAGCCUCCUCCCCUGCCCUUGAAGCAGUUCGUAAGAUCCCUCAAGACCCUUGUGCCAUUGCGGUUGUUGAGACGAAUUCUGAUGGUACUCACAAGAUAAUUGGUGAUAUCUCUGCAUGCAAACUAUGGAAAUGCGACUUCUUAGCAGCUGCAUGGGCUAUGUCAAGCUUAUCAGCAGGACAAUCUGUCAUGGGUGCAGAUGAUAAUGGAACAACACCAAUCUCUCUUCCUGAUUUUACUAUCAACUCCACGGUGGAGGACACUGGGACCUCUCCGAGGCCAAGAAAGUUCAGCAGCAGGAGUAUUGGAUUCUUCAGCAAUCAAGCAAACCAGAUGGCAGUGGGGAGGCUGAGGAGCAUGUACAGGGGGAGGAGUGCGCCAUUAACAUGCAAGCACACCAGCUCAUUGGCAGCAGUUAUGGCCCAGAUGCUAUCCCACAGGGCUACACAUGUUUGGGUUACUGAUGCUGAGUCGGAGGAUGACAUCUUAGUUGGUGUGGUUUCGUACUCUGACAUUCUCUAUGCAGUUACCAAGAACCCUACCAAUGUGGUUCCUCCAAUCUCUUGAUUUUUUUCGUGCUAUAUGUUUGUUUCUAUAAUUGUUUAUGUUCAUGGUGUAUGUAUUGGUCUAUAAGAAGUUUUGCUGUGGUAUGUUUUGAUUGGAUUGGAUCAUAUACAUUUGCAAACUAUUUAAGAUAAUAAUAUAUAUCUGCAAUGGAUUUUUCAAUU